CAGAAAAACAGCUGUUGAAGCUUUUGCAGUUUGCGAAAAUUAUUAAUUUGUGUAUUCAAUUUGCAAAAACGUAAAUAAAACUCACCAAAUGACCAAUAUAGUGCAGUAUAUAGUAUUGCGCGGUGAUUUGCGCACCACGCUCAAUUGGCCGUUGGGUGCUGUUAUAGCCCAAUGUUGUCAUGCCACGGCAGCUACGAUGAGCAUGUUUGCCACAGAUGCAGACACGAAAACUUAUCUGGAGGAUAUGGAUCACAUGCACAAGGUGGUGCUCGAGGUCAAGAAUGAGGGGGCGCUGCUCAAGUUAAGCGAGAAGCUCGAAGAGAAUGAUAUUGAGCAUAAGCUAUGGAUAGAGCAGCCGGAAAAUAUACCCACCUGUAUUGCUCUCAAGCCCUAUAAAAAGGAGGUAGUGCACCAAUAUGUCAAGAACUUACAUUUACUGCGAUAAACAGUACGCAGUAAAGUACGGUAACUGUACGCUAUAUACUUAUAUAUAUAAAAAAAAAAAAACAAACUAUAAGUCAGAAUAUCACA